AUGGCAGAGGAUAGCGAAGAUAUGCCAUCAGAUGAUCGAAUGCACAGUUCAUAUGUUAAAAAGUUAGACACGAGUGCAGAGCGAAGCGGUAUUAGUAGUAGCGGCACAGCGCUUGGCUCUGAUGAAUUUGAAUUAGAAUUUCUAGACUCGCAAACGGGUCAGCACUCUAAGGGAAAUGAAUCCAGUUCAGAGGAGGAAUGGUUGCUACUGAAAAAAUCCAACCCAUUCAAAAGAUUCUUCAAAAGGGUAUGGCAUGGCCCUCGCGAACCUGCUGAUGAGCCCCCACAAUUCGCAUCAAGAUGGAAAUUUACAAGAGCUAUUGAUUCAUUUCCCAAGGAUAUAUUUCGCAAAAGAUUGCCAAGCUCAAAAUUACGGGUCACGCUCUUAAUAGUUUACUGUUGCGUUUGGAGUGGUAUCAUGUACAGUAUAUUGUACUAUUACCUAGUCAAACCUCCCUACUUCCACUCCGAGCAAGGAAAUAAAGUGGCAAUCAAGUCACUAGAAUGCAAUUCACAUUUGAAUUGGAAGGGGAAAAACAAUAUGUGUGGCUUGAAUGCUUUGGAAUGCAGACCUUUUGAUGGAGAGGAAGUAAUUAUUAGAUGCCCUGCAUUAUGUGACCGUGGUGGAUGGACAUACUCUGCCAUUACUGUAGGAGACCGCCGAGUGAAAUACACGGGUUACGAUAUAGGUGGUGGUGAACGUCAUGAAAGUGACUUGCUUUCAUACCCUUAUAGAGCGGAUUCCUUCCCCUGCGGCUCAGCUGUUCAUGCUGGAGUAGUAUCGCCAUUUUUUGGAGGUUGUGCGAAAUUAUCAUACACUGGUGGUCAGACCUCAUUUCCGUCUCGGAGCGGAAGAUAUGGCACAGACAACUCGGUAAGCUUCAAUUCUUUUUUCCCCGCAUCUUUCACUUUUAAAGAGCUGCGAGAUGGGAUAGCCACUGGGUGCUAUGACCCCCGUUCCUUAGUCGUUUCAAUUAACAUCCUUGCAAGCCUGCCUAUAUUCUUUUUAUAUGAGAGCAUUGUUGGAUACUGGAUUGUCACAUUGGUUGGUUACUGGACAUUGGUACUUGCCUUAGAUCCACCUUUGCUAACGGAUCCUCAUAAACCCGAAACAACCUUUGAGCUUAUAAGUAUUGGGUUUCAAAGACUGUUACCAUUGUGCUUUAUCCUAUACGUACUAUGGAAAUGCGCUGUAAGAAGGACGCUUACUGAUGGAUCGCCUUUAGCCAAAAUAAUCUGCUGGUUCCCGACAUUUUGGUUGGGCGUCAUGAAUAAUGUUACUUUUGAUAGACUUCCUGUUGAUAGACUAACACUAAAAGAUUUGAAAGAACAAGCAGGCGCAUUUACCGCAGUUGGUAGUAUCAUUUUGACGAUUUUGGUUUGUGCUGUUAUUCAGGCUUAUUCGUUGUGGAAGUCUGGAAGAUUUCAGAAGUACUUCAAAAUAUACAUAUCGAUAAUCGUGGGGCUUGUAGCACUUGGAUCUCUUCCUGGUCUGACAUUAAGAAUACAUCACUACAUUUUAGGCAUGAUGCUUGUUCCUGGAUGCGCAACGAGAGGAACCUCGGCUUACUUAUUCCAAGGAAUUUUGAUUGGACUUGUUUUGUCUGGGGUUGGGAGAUGGGACUUUGCUAGCAUUGUCGAAACACAGAUUGCACUCUCAAGAGGUGAAGCCGGAGACUCGUGGCAGCCUCCAGUCUUUAGCUUUAAUGCUGAAUUUCCUUAUGAGGUAUCAUGGGAAAUUGCAGAUACCGAAAGCACAUCAUCUCCAAAACUUGACGGGUUCUCGUUGUUGAUCAAUGACGUCGAGCGUUAUUUGGGAGAAAAUACUACUGUCAAUAUAGACACUCUAAUCGCUCAGAAUGAGGAAUUUUCAAAUUUGAUUAAAGCGUCCCUUGAAGUUAACGAAACGCUCCCUUUAUACUUAAGAGUUGCCAGGGCAAAUAUUGCUUCCUUAGGAAAAGAGCGUGGUGAUUAUACAAAUGCGGCAGUAAUGGAAUGGCCCUACGGUGAAUGGCACGAACCGCUACUUGGCGUAAGCUGA